AUGCCUUGGUCUAUUGCACUCCCACAGGCGAUCUUCGCCUCACCCCUGUUGGCGGUAACAACUCCAAUCGUCGGAGGAACAGCAGUAGCCCUCCUGACCAAUCGUGUGACAACCAAUGACAAUCACCAGAAGACCCCUUCACUGACGUCUACAGGCAAACAAAACCGCGCGACCUACAAUCAACUCAAGCAACCACCCUACAGCCCACCAGGCUGGCUCUUCGCGCCGGCCUGGACACUCCUGUACGGACUAAUGGGGUACGCCUCACACCACGCCACGACCACCGCGUCACAAUCACUAUCGCUCGCGGUGCGCGAUGCCAAUUCAUCCGCACAGACACUUUACACUACCCAGCUGGCCCUGAACUUCCUCUGGAUGCCCCUCUUCUUCCGAUUGGGGCGGCCAGCUGUGGCUCUGGGCGAUCUGGCCCUGCUGGCGGGUAACGUGGGUGCGUUGAUGGUGAAUUGGUGGUCGGCCGAUCGCACGGCGUUCUGGUGCUUGGUCCCCUAUGCUGCCUGGCUGGGAUACGCUGCAUAUCUCAACACUGGAUGUGGCAUGCUGAAUGGCUGGACUUUGCCUCAGAAAGAGCGGUCGGAGUAG